CAGUCCUGGCAGUGAUUUCUGAACACACUCCGCUCAGUGGCGCAUAAACCACGAUUUGGUUGGGUUUUUUUUUUUAUCGUAUUAACAAACCCAUGCUGACUUUUACAAACUGAAUAGCUGCAUUUCCUUUGAAUCUAGUUACCAGGAUGGACAAUGUUAGGCGCGUGUCCUCUGCAGGCUACCGGUUAACCUUGCCGGAACGAAACAUUGGGACCCGGCAGGUAACGACCCAGCCACCAGCGGACAGGACGAGAUCCGCUAAAGGCGACGCGGCCUCCGCGGAGCUGAAGCCGGACAAGAGCGAUGCCGUCAAACUGGACAAAGUGUGGAAAGAGGUGGUAUGGAGUGAGAGGAGAGCAGUGCGGGAAUGGGAGAAGAACUGGGACUUUCUCAGGAACUAUGAUCAGAUGGGACAGCUGAAGUCAGAGGAGCCUUUACCCAGCUAUGUGUCGCACUUCUCUGAUCGCAUCCCCAACACCACCAACCAGAUGUUUGGCAGCAGACUGUCCACUCCGCUGGGGAGUGAACUGGUCAGACUGGACAGGCUGAAACUCUGGUCCAGAAGCCAUCACAAACGCAAGCUGGAUCCAGAGAUGCUGCCCUGCUAGAGCGCUCUGAAGACAAGUCAUCUUACAUCUGGACCUCUGUACAUCUGGUCUUUUUUUUCCUGGACUCUGCAAGGCUGGGAUUGUAAUUUUUUUUGUUCUUAUUUUAAUGAAGUGUGUAUAUUAAAUAAAAUACAUAAAUCUACUGAGAAGCCAUACCAGGGAAGGAGUCAGGAGUAAAAAGAAAAGCAUGUCCUACAUUGAUCACACUGUACUUUACAUCUAGAAAUUGUGUUUAUUCAUAGGUUUUGGGAGUACAAAACUUAAUGUUGAAGGCAUUUGCUCACCGAUAAAGACAGGUGAGAAGGGAAGAUCAGAUUCAUGUCAUCCGAGCCCCAUCGGGUAUCUAACCAGAUACUUGAUAAUCUAACAAGACACCUGAGCAAAUUUGGGUGAGUGAAAGGUUGUAUCACUUCUACAUUUCUUUGCGCAUUCAAAUAGUAGCCAGAGACAAAUAACAAAACACCAAAGCAUAGAGUUUAAAAACAGCCCAAUCAUAAAACUUACAGCACAAGAAUCUUCCUUGAUGCUAUUGGAAUAUAUCUUAUUUUGGUGUUAAAUUGGUUUAUUUUUCUACUUAAAACGCCCCAAAUAGCUGUUACGUAUUGCUUGCCAGGACCUGUAAGCCACAUUGUUCCAUGGUUUAGUAUUACGUUCAUGUCAUUUAUUUGAUUUUCAUGAUAGUCAUCUGCACUUUAUAUGAACGGCAGGAUCUCUCAGGUGUUUGUAGUCUACCGUUGUAGCUGCCUUAAAAUACCAUUCUGUAUAUUGUUAUCUUAUCAGACUAUAAAUCACUGCCCCUUUGCAUAAAUUUGAAUUAAAAUGUUGGCCCUUAACAAAUUUGAAAAAAUGGUUGCAUGAUCUGGGUGUUGCAAAAUUGUAUUUGAAGUCAGUCUCUCAUUGAAAUAAAGAUUUUUUUAAUU